AUGGCAUUACAGUGCUACGUCCCUCUGGUGAAGCCCCAACUGGCCCAAGUCUACAUCAGCCCUUCCCUUAACACGAUACAGAUUCCAGGUUCUCUAAAUAUACACGAAAUAAUGGCCCUGCAGAGCCAGUGCUACGCCCCUCUGCUCAAGCCUCAACUGGCCCAAGUCUCGGCCAGCCCUUCUCUCAACGCGAUGCGGAUUGCAGGCUAUGGAGCUGCACUUGCAGUGGUGGCAGGAACGACCUUGCUUGGGCCACCUUCUCUUCGAUCACCCCAAAUAACCAGGAGGCGUCCCUCGGUGGUUUCGAUGGCUCAACGCCGCAAUGCUAAGGUGUCGGGUCUAAGAGCAGCACACGCUCCCGCGGUUACUCCUGGCCUCGGCUUCAGAUCAACAGAGCAAGGUUUGAGGAUUUCAUCGUCGAGAGGGAAAAAGGAUGAUCGUUUCGUCACCAGAGCAAUGCUUGAGGGUUUCACUGAGCACGCGUUAGAUGUCAUGGCUCUCGCACAAGAGGAGGCACGACUUUUUUUAGGCCAGCACAACCUUGCAAACGUAGCACGUAUCGUCGCACACAACAUAGUUAUAGUUGCCGUGGGCUAUGCGCUUGAUGAGUCGCAGAUCUUCCGAAGGAUUUUUCAAGCCACACGUGGUCAAGCGGUUGGUGCUCGUGUUGUGGCAGGAAGCAGUGAAGCUAAGAUGCCGACACUCGAGGAGUAUGGAACGAAUCUUACAAAAUUAGCACAGGAGGGGAAGUUAGCACCUGUUGUCGGAAGGGAAAAGGAGAUCGAGAGUGUCACGCAAAUCUUGGGCAAAAUGAAGAAGAAGAAUCCCUGCCUGAUUGGAGAGCCUGGUGUUGGGAAAACGGUGAUAGUCGAAGGGCUUGCUCUACGCAUCGUUGCCGGGGAUGUGCCUGAAACAAUUCAAGGGAAAACGGUUAUCAGCCUUGAUAUGGGGCUUCUGGUUGCUGGUACCAAAUACCGUGGAGAGUUCGAAGAAAGGCUGAAGAACCUGAUGGAAGAAAUCAAACAGAACGGCGAGGUAAUACUGUUCCUCGAUGAAGUUCACACUCUGGUAGGAGCAGGAGCAGCAGAAGGUGCUAUCGACGCUGCCAAUAUACUGAAGCCAGCAUUGGCAAGAGGUGAAAUUCAGUGCAUCGGAGCCACCACAUUCGACGAAUACGCGAAGCACAUUGAGAAAGACCCUGCACUGGAGAGGCGCUUCCAGACGGUGAAAGUUCUAGAGCCCACGGUUGAUGAAGCCAUAGGAACUCUCAAAGGGCUCCAGGAGGGGUACGAGGACCACCACAAGGUCAAAUAUUCCAUGGAAGCGCUGAUCGCCGCUGCUCGGCUCUCGCACCGAUACAUCAGUAAUCGUUUCCUCCCGGAUAAAGCCAUCGACUUGAUUGAUGAGGCGGGAUCUCAAGUCAGGCUACGACAUGGCAAGUUACCUGAGGAAGUCAAAGAUCUUUGCAAGAAGCGUGAGGAAAUCAUCAAACGGAGGGACGACGCCGUCCGUUGCCAGAAUUUCGAGCUGGCGAAAGAGCUUCGCAUGGAAGAGCUGGAGCUCACGUCCAAGAUCACGUCUGCCGUGCCGACGGUCACCGAGGCGGACAUCCAGCGCGUCGUCUCCUCGUCGACGGGCAUCCCCGUGGAGAGGGACUCCGCGGACGAGUCGGCCGGGCUGCUAACGAUGGAGGAGACCCUGCACCGGCGCGUCGUCGGCCAGGACGAGGCCGUCAAGGCGGUGAGCCGCGCCAUGCGCCGCUCGCGCGCCGGCCUUCGGGACCCCAGCCGGCCGAUCGCCAGCUUCGUGUUCGCCGGCCCGACGGGCGUGGGCAAGACGGAGGUCGUCAAGGCGCUCGCCGCGUGCAACUACGGCUCGGAGGAGGCCAUGGUCCGGCUCCACAUGAGCGAGUACAGCGAGCGGCAUGCCGUUGCUAAACUGAUCGGAGCGUCCCCGGGCUACGUCGGGUACGAGGAGGGCGGGCAGCUGACGGAGGCGGUGCGCCGGCGGCCGCACGCGGUGGUGCUGUUGGACGAGAUCGAGAAGGCGCACAGGGACGUGUACAACAUGCUGCUGCAGGUGCUGGAGGACGGCCGACUGACGGACGGCAAGGGGAGGACGGUGGACUUCCGGAACACGAUCAUCAUCAUGACCUCCAACGCCGGCAGCGGGGAGAUGACGGGCGUGAUGGUCGAGAAGGACAUGAGGGAGAAGCACGGGUUCCCGCCGGAGUUCCUGAACCGUCUCGACGAGGUGAUCGUGUUCCGGGAGCUCACCAGGCCGGAGAUGAAGGAGAUCGCCUCCAAGAUGCUGGAGGAGGUGGUCCGGCGGAUGAGGGAGAAGGGGAUGGAGCUGCGGGUGACGGAGAGGUUCAAGGAGGUGAUGGCCGAGGAAGGGUACGACCGCAGCUACGGCGCGCGGCCGCUGCGGAGGGCCAUCACCAGGCUGCUGGAGGACAAGCUGGUGGACAUGAUGCUCGCCGGGGAGGCCAAGGAAGGGGAUUCGUUGACUGUAGAUGUUGACCCCGAGGGGAACGUGGUCGUCCACAACCGACGGGCUGGCUGA